AGACAUGCCAGGAAGAUGCUCUGCCCUGGCAGUGCUGCUGGGCUGAGCCGGGCUGCGUGCCACCAUCACACCAGUGACAGGACACAGAUCGUUCUGGUGUUGACGUCACCCACCACCAGUGCCCUGGGGUGGAUGAAGCACUUGGCACCGAAAGAUGGAGAGCUGAGGGCGCUCCGGCAUCACCCCUCGGGCAUUGGGCUCCAGCACUGCCCCAGGUUUGCUCCUCACUGCAGCAGCUGCCACUUGCCCAGGCUUCGGGCAGGCGAGGAGAGAAGUGCCGGGUACCCCAGGGCCGCGUGCCCCAUCCUGCUCCAGGGCUGCAGCAGACGUGAGAUGCGGACGGGUUACCCAUUAACUACAGGAAUUUCUGGGGAGGAGGCCACUUCGCUGGAGGGACGCGUGGAUGCGGCAUGUGGACACGGCUCUGCCCUGAGUGCCCAACCAGCCUCAGCCUCAACAGGAGUGAUGCUGCCCUACCGGAGGGAGAGCCCGGUCCCGCCCCACUGCCCAGUGCGGGGAGGAAGGGUGGUUCAUGGGCCCCAGUUUGCCUACUGCCCCAGCCCCCAAGCUCUGCAUCGGCUGCCGGGUGCCCACACCUGCCCCUUCACCGUUGGUCCUGUGUCCUGCCCUGACCAUGGCUUCCCCUGCCCUGGCUCCCCGGGGCGCCUGCGCGAGGGCAGGGAGCGCUACGAGCUGGAUGUGCUGCCCUGGCAGGGGCCCCGGCUGGGCUUGGACGAGCUGCAGAAGCCAGAGCUCGGGUGCUGGGCCAGGGUCCAGUCCAUCUGUGUCUCCCUUCUCAAGGUGCCCCUGAUGUUUGGCUUCUUGUACCUCUUUGUGUGCUCCCUGGACGUGCUCAGCUCUGCCUUCCAGUUGGCUGGAGGCAAGGUGGCAGGGGACAUCUUCAAGGACAAUGCCAUCCUCUCCAACCCUGUGGCUGGGCUGGUGGUGGGCAUCCUGGUAACUGUACUGGUGCAGAGUUCCUCCACCUCCACCUCCAUCAUUGUCAGCAUGGUCUCCUCAGGGUUGCUGGAGGUGCGCUCUGCCAUCCCCAUCAUCAUGGGCUCCAACAUCGGCACCUCCGUCACCAACACCAUCGUGGCCCUCAUGCAGGCUGGUGACCGCAGUGAGUUCAAACGAGCCUUUGCCGGUGCCACGGUGCACGACUGCUUCAACUGGCUGUCGGUGCUGGUCCUGCUGCCACUGGAGGUGGUAAGUGGGUACCUGCACCACGUCACCCGCCUGGUUGUGGCCACCUUCAACAUCCGCAGUGGGAAGGAUGCCCCUGACCUGCUGAAGAUCAUCACAGAGCCCUUCACCAAGCUCAUCAUCCAGCUGGACAAGUCGGUGAUCACUGGCAUUGCAACAGGGGACGAGAGCUUGCGCAACCGGAGCCUCAUCCGCGUCUGGUGCGGCCCUACAUCCCCACAGAUGGCUGCUGUGGGGCUUGGCCCCCUCCCGAACUGCACGGUCCCUGGGCACUGCAGCAGUAAAGGCAUCGAGAUCCUCCACAAUGUCACCAGGCAGAAGUGCGAGCAUCUCUUCACUGACACACCACUGCCCGACCUGGCCGUGGGGCUGGUGCUGCUGGCCGGGUCUCUCGUCGUGCUCUGCACCUGCCUCAUCCUCCUCGUCAAACUCCUCAACUCCCUGCUUAAGGGGCAGGUGGCCAAAGCCAUCCAGAAGGUCAUCAACACUGACCUCCCACACCCUCUCAGCUGGCUCACUGGGUACUUCGCCAUGGUGGUGGGUGCUGGGAUGACCUUUGUGGUGCAAAGCAGCUCUGUCUUCACAUCAGCCAUCACACCCCUGAUUGGUCUGGGAGUGAUCAGCAUUGAGCGUGCCUACCCGCUGACCCUGGGCUCCAACAUUGGCACCACCACCACCGCCAUCCUGGCCGCCCUGGCCAGCCCAGGGGACAAGCUGGCCAGCUCCUUCCAGAUUGCUCUCUGCCACUUCUUCUUCAACAUCUCUGGCAUCCUGCUGUGGUACCCACUGCCCUUCACCCGCCUGCCCAUCCGCAUGGCCAAGGCGCUGGGCGAGCGCACGGCCAAGUACCGCUGGUUCGCCGUGCUAUACCUCAUCAUCUGCUUCCUCCUGCUGCCCUCCCUCAUCUUCGGCAUCUCCAUGGCGGGCUGGCGGGCGCUGGUGGGGGUGGGCACACCCUUUCUCGGCCUCCUCUUCUUCGUGGGGCUGGUGAACGCACUGCAGGCGCACAGCCCUGGCCGCCUGCCCAAAUGGCUGCAGACCUGGGACUUCCUCCCUGCCUGGAUGCACUCGCUGCAGCCCCUCGACCGGGUCAUCACCCAGGCCACCCUCUGCUGCACCGACCGAUGCCGCAGCCCUGAGGGCUGGGAGGAGCAUGAGGGCCCUCCCAGGGACAAGGCCAGGCUGGGGCUGGACAACCCCGUGCUCUCCUACCCUGAGGAGAUGCCCAGCCCCACCAUCCGGGUGGGCUCCCCUCGCCCACUCCCACAUGGUGCUACCCGGCUGUAGCUGGUACCACACACCUGGGCUGCUGCUCCCGUGGCCGCUGGUUUCUGCCAUCCCUGCUCAGCUGGUGUUCAAUAAAGGCUGAGCGCCCAUGCCCCA